AUUAUUUACAGAAUUAUAAGAAAAAUAAAAAAAGAGUAAAGGGGAAAAAGGAAAGAGAGAAAAAGAAAGAGAGAAGAAUAGUUAGAAGAGGCAGAGUAGAAGGAUCCACAGCGUUCUCUUCCUCUCUUCGUUCCCAAACCCAAAGGGAUUUGAUGGAGUUCGGUGUGAAUUUGAUUCACUGAUUCAACAAUUAGGAUCAACUGUCAUUGGUUUUUCGUGGGACUGAAAUGUCAAUGUCAGGAUUUGAAGGGCAAUGUAGUAAUAAUGAUGAGAUUAGAGAGAGAAGGUCGGAUGUUGAGAACUCGGAGGAUGAGAGGCGGUGGUCGAGAAUUGGAACCUUGAAGAAGAAGGCGAUCAAUGCUUCAUCUAGAUUUACUCAUUCCCUUAGGAAAAGAGGGAAAAGGAAAAUUGAUUAUAGGGUUCCAUCGGUGUCCAUUGAGGAUGUAAGAGAUGCGAGGGAGGAGACUGCUGUCCACGAAUUACGUCAAAAACUAAUCGAAAGGGGAUCUUUACCUCGUAGGCAUGAUGAUUAUCAUACUUUAUUAAGGUUUCUUAAAGCUAGGGACUUCAACAUUGAGAAGACGAUUCAAAUGUGGGAAGAAAUGCUUAUGUGGCGAAAGGAAUAUGGAACUGAUACCAUUCUUGAGGAUUUUGAAUUUGAAGAGCUGGAAGAAGUAUUGCAAUAUUAUCCUCAAGGGUACCAUGGAGUUGAUAAGGAAGGCAGGCCAGUUUACAUUGAGAGGCUUGGGAAAGCCCAUCCAAGCCGGCUAAUGCGCAUCACCACAAUAGAUCGAUAUUUGAAAUAUCAUGUCCAGGAGUUUGAGAGGGCCCUGCAGGAGAAAUUUCCAGCAUGUUCCAUUGCAGCAAAGAGACGGAUUUCUUCAACAACAACAAUAUUGGAUGUACAGGGCUUGGGAAUGAAAAAUUUCUCACGUACUGCUGCAAAUCUCUUGUCUGCUAUGACAAAAAUAGAUAGCAGUUAUUAUCCUGAGACAUUACAUCAAAUGUACGUAGUCAAUGCUGGCCCUGGCUUUAAGAAGAUGCUUUGGCCUGCUGCCCAGAAGUUUCUUGAUUCCAAAACUAUUGCAAAGAUACAGAUUCUUGAACCUAAGUCUUUAUAUAAGUUACUGGAAGUCAUUGACUCUAGUCAGUUGCCAGACUUUCUGGGUGGUUCUUGUACAUGUGCAGCAGAAGGUGGAUGUCUUAAGUCCAACAAGGGUCCAUGGAAUGAUCCUGAUAUCAUGAAGCUGGUACUUAAUGCUGAAGCAACAUAUGUGAGACAAAUCACUAGAGUGCCCAAUGGACAACAGAAAUCUGACUCCUUUCAAAUGCAUCCACGGAAGGAACGAUGCAGUGAUACAUCAAUAGCUGAAUCAGGGUCUGAUGUUAAUGAUUACUCCUCUCCCAGCGGACAGGGUAGCUGUCCUUAUCCUCAUUUAGCCCCAGUUCACGAAGAACUUAAAGCGCCAGAUCUCAAUGGCUACUACAGUUGUGAUGAUAGUGCUCCAGCAGUUGAGGAAGUGGUCAAAAGUGAUCAAUUUCACAUUACUCGAAAGCAGUCAUUGCAAACUAAUGAUGUAGGGAAUGUUGCUUGUAGAAGGGAUUUAGAAGGUACUUCAGUUAGCAAUUGGGUUAGCAUUGUUAAGGAAAAAGUAGAGAAAAUAAAUAUCUUAUAUGUGGCAAGAGUGCUGACAUCCUUCAUGGAAAGACUAGUUACACUCUUCCGCUGUUUAAGAUUUGAAUUUUGGAGAACACAGAACAAUGUUCACCCUUCAGUUACCAUGGAACAUAAUGUUAACAGCCAUUCAGCAUCUGUUGAAGCAAAUUCCGAAAGAGAUUAUAUUCUUCCAUGUGUACAACGCCUUCAGAGACUAGAAAAAGUCUUUGAGGAACUUGACAACAAACCUGAUGGCAUGCCUCAGGAGAAGGAGCAAAUGCUUAUGGACUCCUUGGAUAGGAUUAAGUCUGUUGAGUUUGAUCUUGAAAAGACCAAGAGGGUACUACAUGCUGCAGUGAUGAAGCAGCUUGAGAUUGCCGAAUCACUGGAGAACAUGAAGAAAACAAAGUGUAGACAAAGAAGGCUAUUCUGUUGAAUCGUCUAAACUUUCAGCAACAGGAGUCCUUGGCAUCACAGAAGAUAUUUCCAUUAAAGAGAAGACUUCGCGUAAGCUCAUACCUAGAUUGGACUCACGGAAGCCUGAGGCAACGGAGUACACAAUUCAAGCCUAAUGAGUUUCCUGUAGAGCAUUCGCAGAAAAUGGGGAAUUGAGAUGGUAGAGUCCUCUUUGUUUUAUAAAUAUUUAAUAUAGAUUUCCUCUUAAAUCUUUUUUUGUCAUUCUUCAUAGUAUAUUGGUAAAAAAAAAUGUGUAAUUAUGCAUGGGCCAGAUAUUCUAUCAAGUUUUAGACAGUAUAGAGAAUAGAAAGAUAAUAGAAAAGUCUACAGUGCAGAAAGUU